ACCACACAGAGAGAAAGGCCAACAGACUGAGAGACAGACACAGAGAGAAAAGAAAAAGACAGAAAUAGAGUCAGAGCAGAGAAAUAGGCUAACUCACUGAGUCAGAAGAACAGAAAGAGAGAGAGAGACAGGAAGAAGGACAGGGAAAUAGAAAUAAACAGAAAAUUGGGCUCCAAAGAGAUAUAGGGAGAAAGACAGACUGAAAGAGAGAACAGAAAGAAGAGAGAGAAGCCAGGGCAGAGUGUGCCAGCUGGCGGAAUGGAGGGUUGCCUGGCAUGGGAGAUGUAGUGGCCGAAGCCUGGGCAGAGCUGGGUGGGCAGAGGGGAGCUGGUGCCUCCGCCGGGGUGAGGGGGCAUGGGAGGGGCAGGCAUUUGGCUGCUGCUGCUGCUGCUGGCUGAGGUGGGGGCCGGGGCAGCCUGGAGACCCCCAAAGGGAAAAUGUCCUCUGAGCUGCUCCUGCUCCAAAGACAGUGCCCUGUGUGAAGGCUCCCCGGACCUGCCCGAGAGCUUCUCCCCGACCCUGCUGUCACUCUCACUCGUCAGGAUUGGCGUUACCCAGCUGAAGGCCGGCAGCUUCCUGAGGGUGCCGUCACUGCACCUGCUCCUCUUCACAUUCAACUCCUUCUCGGUGAUUGAGGAUGAUGCAUUUGCAGGCCUGUCCCACCUGCAAUAUCUCUUCAUUGAGGACAAUGAAAUUGGCUCCAUCUCUAAGAAUGCUCUCAGAGGACUUCGCUCACUCACACAUCUGAGCCUGGCCAAUAACCAUCUGGAGGCCCUCCCCAGAUUCCUGUUCCGAGGCCUGGAGACCUUGACUCAUGUGGACCUCCGUGGGAACCCGUUCCAGUGUGACUGCCGUGUCCUCUGGCUGCUGCAGUGGAUCCCCAGCGUGAACGCCAGCGUGGGGACCGGGGCCUGCGCCGGCCCCACCGCCCUGGCCCACAUGCAGCUCCGCCUUCUCAACCCCAAGACGUUCAAGUGCAGAACCAUAGAGAUGUGCAAACCGAGGCUCAGCGAUGAAGACCUUUGGGGUCUCCCGGGCCUGCCUGACUUUCUCCUGCCAUCCCCAGAGCUGUCCCGGUUCCAGACGGUUGGGGAGUCGGCGCUGGGCGUGGAACCUUUCUCCUACCAGGGGGAGCCCCACAUGGUCCUGGCACAGCCCUUUGCUGGCCGCUGCCUGAUUCUUUCCUGGGACUAUGGCCUGCAGCGUUUCCGGCUUGAGGAAGAGCUAUCCGCUCCCUCGGUGGUGUCCUGCAAGCCCCUGGUGCUGGGCCUGCGCCUCUUUGUGCUGGCUGCCCGCCUGUGGGGAGGCUCACAGCUGUGGGCUCGGCCCGGUCCCGGCCUGCGCCUGGCCCCGACCCAGGCCCUGGCCCCAAAGCGUCUGCUGAGGCCCAAUGACGCUGAGCUCCUGUGGCUGGAUGGGCAGCCCUGCUUCGUGGUGGCCGAUGCCUCCAAGGCAGGCAGCACCACCCUGCUGUGCCGCGACGGGCCUGGCUUUUACCCACGCCAGAGCCUCCACGCCUGGCACCGGGACACGGACGCGGAGGCCUUGGAGCUGGACGGCCGGCCUCACCUGCUGCUGGCCUCCGCCUCCCAGCGGCCCGUGCUCUUCCACUGGUUCGGGGGCCGCUUCGAGAGGCGCACGGACAUCCCCGAGGCCGAGGACGUCUACGCCACACGCCACUUCCAGGCCAGUGGGGAUGUGUUCCUGUGCCUGACGCGCUACAUCGGGGACUCCCUGGUCAUGCGCUGGGAUGGUUCCAUGUUCCGCCUGCUGCAGCAACUUCCUUCACGUGGUGCCCACGUCUUCCAGCCACUGCUCAUAGCCAGGGACCAGCUGGCUAUCCUGGGCAGUGACUUCGCCUUCAGCCAGGUCUUCCGCCUUGAGCCUGACAAGGGGCUCCUGGAACCAUUGCAGGAGCUGGGGCCCCCAGCCUUGGUGGCUCCCCGGGCCUUUGCCCACAUCGCCAUGGCUGGCAGACACUUCCUCUUUGCUGCUUGCUUCAAGGGCCCCACACAGAUCUACCAGCUUCACGAGUUAGACCUCAGUGCCUGACACUGGAUGGGAUCCUG